ACUCUUCAAUAAUGUCACCCUCCUUAGGUUCCCCCUUUAUAAGCCCAUUCUCUCUUGACCAAGACAUCCAUCCAUCAUUUGUGCAAAGGCUUGUACAACCCACUAGUUACUUUCUAUCCAAAACCUGCAUCAAAACUGAAAACGAGAUGGCUUUCUGGUCUGCUGAGAAUGCCACAAAAGCAUACCUCAAAACAUUGAAAAUGGGCCAGAAAGCCAAAGAACCUAAUGUAGCCGAGUUCGUUUCAGCCCUUGCAGCUGGCAACAAUGCACAACUAAUGGUUGUGGCAUAUGCUACUGCUGCCAACUCUACUGCUUUUGCCCUUGUGGCCGCUGCUUCCCAAACUGGUGGCCAUGUAGUUUGCAUCGUCCCUGGAAUUGAAGAACUUCAACUGUCCAAGAAAAUCCUGGGCUAUGAUGCAAGCCACGUUGAGUUUGUUGUUGGUGAAGCUCAAAAUCUUCUGCUAAGCCACUAUAGGGAAGCUGAUUUUGUGCUUAUCGACUGCAACCUGGAGAAUCAUGAAGGAAUUCUUGGAGCAGUGGAGGCAGGUACGAAACGCAACGGAGCCGUUGUUGUGGGCUAUAAUGCAUUUUCCAAAGGUUCAUGGCGGUCCAGUGGAUCGAGAACUCAAUUGCUACCCAUAGGAGAAGGGCUGCUAGUCACUAGAAUUGCUGCAAAAGCCAAAAUUGAUUGUGGUUUUGAAAAGAGAAGUCACUGGGUUGUAAAGGUGGAUAAAUGCACUGGCGAAGAGCAUGUGUUCAGGGUCAGGUUUUCGCAAGGGAAAGGAAUCCAAGCAUAGAAUUUGGGCAGUGCUUCCUUUGAUUGCUUAGGAGAAGCCAGAUUUCCUCUCUUUAUUUCCCCUGCUUUCCAGCCAACCAAAUGGAAUAAAAGGUCUUUAGUAUAGGUCAAAAUUAGUUUAUCGGAGAGCUUUUAAUUUGUAAAUAUCGAGUUAUAUACAGUAAAUAAUUGUCUCAAAGAUAAAGGAUUGAUUCCAUUGUGCUUUGAUACUGAUGGAGGCAAUAUGAGCUUUUCACAUGUACGAAAGACAAGCAGAUUAAUUUGUAAAGGCGUCCUUGAUGAAAUUUCCUUUUACAAGA